AUGUCUGAGGGUGCCCGCAAGGAUUUCACCGACAAGGCGUCUGAGAAGAUGACCCCCAACGACAGCAAGUCGACCGUCGACAAGAUCUCCGAGGGUGUCUCCGACACCGCCGACAAGGCCCAGCGCGACCUCAUGCCGGACGACCAGAAGUCGACCACCCAGUCCCUUGGCGACAAGGCGAGCCGUGAGAAGGACUCGCACUCCAGCAGCAACCAGGGCGGUUCCAUCAUCGACUCCGCCAAGGACAUGCUCGGCAUGAACAAGUAA